AUUCAAACUUUCUAAUCUAAUUAAAGUGACUCAGAAGAUUUAAAAAAAGCAAAAUGGCGUCAACUUCUGUGUUAAUCUUCAUAACUUUAAUUCUGUUUCUGCUGCUAUCAUACGUGAAGAAGAAAUAUUCUUAUUUUAGUAGUCGCAAAGUUUUAUCACAAGUUCCAAUAUUUCCUUUGGGAAAUUUCUGGAAGGUCGGAAUAUCUCUUCAUUUCAUUGAAAAAAUCAAUUCGCUUUAUAGAGAAUUCAAAGGCAGAGAUGUUCUUUGUGGAUUUUAUGUCUUCACCAGACCAGUGUAUCUCAUUCUUGAUGUGGAACUCAUUAAGAAUAUUUUAGUGAAGGAUUUCUAUUCAUUUCACGAUCGAGGACUCUAUCAUAAUGAACACACGGAUCCACUUUCAGCACAUUUAUUUUCGGUCGAUGGUGAACACUGGAGAAUUCUCAGGAAUAAGAUGACAACAACUUUUUCGAGCGGUAAAAUUAAGGGAAUGAUGCCUACACUCACAGAAAUUUCCCAAGAGUUAUCUGACGUGAUUAAUGAAGCUGUUGAAGAUAAGCAGUGUUUAAAUUUUCGUGAUAUUGCUUCACGUUAUAUGUGCGAAAUCAUAGGACAAGUUGCUUUUGGACUUAAAUGCAACGCAUUACGUGAUCAGAACUGUCAAAUGAUGGUUAUGGCAGACUUCUUAAGCUUCACUGAUAUGAAGCAACGAAUCAGUUUCCUUUUAGCAAACGCUUAUCAAGAUAUUUGUCGAAAAAUGAGCAUACAAAUAACGCCAAAAUAUAUUCAAGACUUCUUUCUUAAACUCGUCAUCGACACUGUUGAUUAUCGAGAGAAAAACAAAAUCGAGAGAAAUGAUUUCCUUAGUAUGUUGAUUCAGUUGAAAAAUAAUGGAAAACUCGAUGGUGAUGAACGAGAAAUUGGAAAGAUAUCAUUCACCGACCUUGCCGCUCAAUGUUUUGUAUUCUUCUUAGCUGGUUUUGAAACAUCAUCGACUGCUCUUUCAUAUGCACUCUAUGAGCUUGCGAUUAAUCAAGAACUUCAAGACAAAACUCGAAAUGAAAUCGAAAAUGUUCUCAAAAAAUAUGAUGGUGAAGUCACGUACGAUGCAGUCAUGAAUAUGGAAUACUGCGGUCAGGUCAUCAAUGAAUCCAUGCGCAAAUAUACUCCUGGUAAUGUUCUCCUACGUAUUUGUACAAAAGAUUAUCACGUUCCGGGAACAAAUCAUAUAAUCGAAAAAGGAGCUAAUCUCAUGCUACCGAUGCAUGCAAUUCAUAAUGAUCCCGAGUUUUUCCCCAAUCCUGAUAAAUACGAUCCUGAGAGAUUUUCACCAGAAGAAGUUAAAAAAAGAAAUCCGUUCACGUUUCUUCCCUUCGGUGAAGGUCCUAGAAACUGCAUGGGAUUACGCUUUGGUGUCUUACAAACACGCUUGGGAUUAACGACAAUUCUUCGAAAUUAUCGUGUCACUUUGAAUAAAAAGACGAUUCAUCCAGUUCGGAACAAAUUGAGUCCAGUUUUUACAUCUGGAAAAAUCAAAAUGAUGUACAAUGUAAUAUCAGAUCGAGGUGACCACUUUGUAAAGGCAAUCGAAAAAGCUUCUUCAAAUGGAUCAUCGAUCAAUGUCAAGGACAUAAGUAACAGAUUGUUAAUUGAUAUUGUUAGCUCGGUUGCUUUCGGUAUGGAGUCGAAUACAUUGAAUAAUGAACAUCCAGAAUUUGUGGAAGUGUUCAAAAUUGUCUUUGGCGGUGACGACAGUUCAAAUUUUUUCCUUUAUUUCGCACUUAUAGGAAUGUUUCCAAAUGUUGCGAAAUUUUUAAAACUUAAACUUUUCGAUAAAAAAGUUGAAGCUUUCUUUAAUAAUGUCGUGGGUGGAAAUAUUAAGUAUCGCGAAGAAAAUAACGUGAAACGAAAUGAUUUUGUUGACAUGUUGAUUCAGUUGAAGAAUAAAGGAUCGAUUGACAAUGAAAUAUCAACUCAAACAAGGAAAUUAAGUUGGGGUGAAUGUUUGGCUCAAGCGUUUGUGUUUUUCUUUGCUGGUGCUGAUACUUCAAGUACUGCCAUUUCAUGGGGAAUGGUUGAGCUUGGAAGUCAUAAAGCAAUUCAAGAUAAGUUGAGAGAGGAAGUUUUAGAAAAAAUUAAACCAACGAAUGGCGAAAUAACUUACGACAAUCUCCAUCAAAUGACUUACUUAAACCAAGUUGUCAAUGAAAUUCUUCGCAAAUAUACUUCCGUGUUUCUCUUAAACAGAGAAGCUGUAAAGGAUUACCACAUCCCGAAUUCGAAGCAUAUAAUUGAGAAAGGAACUCAAGUCCUUAUCCCAAAUAUUGCUUUCCAAAAUGAUGACCGCUUUUGGGAAAAUCCCAAAGAAUUCAAUCCUGAUCGUUUUGCCCCUGAAAAAGUUGCGUCGAUUCCAAGCAUGGCUAAUAUGCCAUUUGGUGAAGGUCCACGUAAUUGUAUUGGAAUGAGAUUUGCACUGGUUAAUGUGAAAUUUGUUAUUGCAACAAUUAUAAAGAACUUUAAAGUCACUUUGGAUACGACAAAGACCCCAUCAUCCUUUAAGUUCUGCCCUAAAAGUACAUUUAUUGCACCAGUCGGAGGGUUCUGGGCUAAAUUCGAGAAGCCGGAAUCUUGGAUUUUGGGAAACAUGAGUGGUGUUGGAACCAAAAUUCACUUUGUUGAUGUAAUGCGGAAUUUUUACGAACAGUUUAAAGGAAAAGAUGUUAUCGGAGGGCUUUACAAUACAAUUGUUCCUUCAAUUGUCGCAAUUGAUAUCGAUUUAAUUAAGUUAAUCACCAUAAAAGAGUUUGACACUUUCAAUGAUCGUGGAAUGUUUAUAAAUGAAGAUGAACCAUUAACUGGUCAUUUGUUCUCGCUUGGCGGUGAAAAAUGGAGAUUUUUAAGAAACAAAUUAAGUCCAGUGUUCACUUCUGGUAAGAUUAAGUUGAUGUACCACACGAUUUCUGAUACAGGCGAUAAUUUUUUGAAAGCCAUUGAGACAAAAUCAGUUAAAGGUUCGAUUGAAAUGAAAGAUUUCGCGAACCGAUUCACAAUUGAUGUGAUUAGUAAAUGUGCCUUCGGAAUGGAGGCAAACACUCUAAACAUGGAACAUCCUGAGCUUGUUAAUAUAUUCAAAAAGGUCUUCGAAGUUGAAGGACUUGCAAGAUUUAAAUUUCUCGUUAUGGGAGUCUAUCCAAAGAUAGGAAAGUUUUUCGGAAUCCGAUUAUUUGAUAAAUCGAUUGAAGAUUUGUUUUACGUCGUUGUUGGAACUAACAUAAGAAAUCGAGAAGCAGAAAAGAUCAAACGAAAUGAUUUUCUUGACAUGUUAAUUCAACUUAAGAACAAAGGAUCGAUCGAUGGAGAAAUAUCCACAGAAACGAGAAAGCUCACAUUUGAUGAGAUCCUUGCACAAGCAUUUCUGUUUUUCUUCGCUGGUGCUGAUACAUCAAGUAACGUCAUUGCUUAUGCUAUCACCGAGUUGAGUUAUCGUCCGGAAAUGCAAGAAAAAUUAAGAAAAGAAAUUAUUGAAAAAAUAAAACCAACAAAUGUUUUAACUCGCAACACUGACAACUUCUUUUCAAAUGCUUCAGAAACGCUCCGAAUGUACUCUCCUGGAUUUGUAACCCUCAGACAACCAAAUCAAGACUUUCAUAUUCCUAAUUCGAAACAUGUGAUUAAGAAGGGAACACAAGUUUUGAUUCCUAAUCUUGCGAUACAUUACGACUCACGGUAUUGGAAAGAUCCCGACACUUUCGAUCCUGAUCGUUUCACUAACGAAGAAAUUGCGAAACGCCCAACUGGAACAUUUAUGCCAUUUGGAGAAGGUCCGAAAAAUUGUAUUGGAAUGAGAUUCGCUCAAGUCAAUGUCAAGUUUGCUAUUGCGACAAUUAUCAAGAACUUCAAAGUUACUCUUGAUCAAAGCAAAACUCCGCUGCCAUUGAAAUUCGAUCCAAAAGAACAAAAUUUGUAUCCAAUCGGAAGAUUCAAUGUGAAAUUUGAAAGAAUUUAAUUCUUUAUGAUUUUUCAAAUAGAAAUAAAUCGUAAAAGUUGUAGAUAAAGCAAACAC